AGUCACCCCUGUCCCGAGAAAGAGGGGGCCUAAGAAGUUCCAACUGAAAAGCACCCUGGACGAAGUAGACAUGAGAGAGCAGUUGAGAAGAGCAAUGGACAUGCUCAUUCCCAUUACUCUUAAGGAGUUUAUAGUUGGGUGUGGUCUGGCGAGAGAUGAGCUAAUAGAAAUGAUGAAGAUAGCUAAGGUGCCGCUGGUGGAGACGGCAAUCUCUGGAGACCCAAAGGAGGAGGCAAAAACCUCCGUCUUAAUGACCGAGAAAAGAAAGGAAGAGAGAGCGAAGACCAUUGAAGGCCAGGGCAACUACUUUUACGUCCUUGGCGGUGAGAAGCUAAAUGUCGCCGUGAAUGGAGUGAGAAUGGAGGUUAUAGUGGAUGACGGGUCCGAGUCUACCGUCUGUGAAGAUAAGGUGGCGCGAGAGCUUGGGCUAGAAAUGGACAAAAGUGUCGCUAUGGCCAUGGUGUCGACCAAUAAGCUGAGACAGUCGGCGCUUGGGGUGUGCCAUAAGGCCAAGGUUGUGGUAGCUGGAGUCGAGGCCACCGUGCCGGUUUUCACGGUGGAAUAUUAUUCAUCGGAGCUAAUCCUUGGGAGGACCUGGCUAACACGUGUCAAAGCUACCACCGAGAACAAGCGGGAUGGAAGCCAGACAGUCACCGUAGACGGGCCCGAGGGCAGCAGGGUUACCCUAAAGACUGUGAACGAAUUUGAUCAACGUCACAAUGUCUCCUUACAAAAUAAGGGUCAGUUAAUGACGAGGAGCUGCCAAAUGAUCCCUGAGGAACUCACCCUAGGGCCUCACUGAGUAAAGGGGAGAAGGAUUGAGGUAGAAGAUAUAGAGGACAAAUAUGUGGUAGACGGGACGGGACGGCUUACUCAAAA